AUGCAAAACGGCAGCUCCGAUGGCCUUCACCACCAAAAUGCACGCGUGACCCCCGAUCCCGACACAAAUCCGUCUGCUCCCCUCACGCACGAUCUUCCCGUCGAUUCUGCGACUAUCGAUUCGAUUCCUCCGGUGCCCAAAGAAGACGAAUCCGUUAUCAACCACCCGGAAGGACCGCCAUCGAAGAAGCGAAAGCUGGUGGACUCGGCCGCCUCGCGACGGUCGAGCUCCCGCGCAGCGUCGCCUCCAUGGAAGAAACCCGGUGUUGAUGGUCCGACCUCCUUCAUCCAAGAUGGCAGACGCAAGUCCUCUCGAGUCAACUCCGUACCCUCUGCGCUGCCACCCCCGUCCGACAAAAGGCCGACGCGAGCGGGUCAGAAGUCAGUGGUCGGUAAAAAUGUCGGCGGUGGGGGCAAAGCUGCUGCGUCUUCGCCCUUGUCGGCAUCUUCCUUACACCACGAGACGAAUGGGAAGCCCCUUGGUGGUAACGCGACUCGAACUGGGUCACCGAAGAACGUCUCUGUUCGGGGCGCCUCUACUCGACGACCACGCGUAUCACAGUCGCCAGUGUCAAAACAAGCACACACGCGAACAAGAUCCCAAAGUUCUGGCACGCCAAACUCCGCUCGUCGGCUUCCAAAUGGAGGGCUCAACGGCUUUGGCAAUGGGAUGAAUGAAGUGAACGACAAUGCGGGAGGACUUGGAUUAGCUGAGAUCGAGGGUGAUGAGUCGCACCAGCGAGUUCCCCGCCUGCGGAUCAAGGUCAAGAAGCCGUCGAUUGGUAUUCAACACCCGUCUCACGUUUUACCUCCUCGCAAAUAUGGGUCGUUUAGAGAGUGGCUUGAUAGCGAUGACGGGCGAGCACGGGAUGACACUGUUCUCACACCAGAGGGGGCGCAUGAAGAGGCUCAGAAAAGGCACCGAAUCGCGGCAGCGGCAGAACCGGGCGGCCCGUUGAGUUCUGAUGUAUGCUCUGCUUAUCUCCCGGAACAACAGGAAGAGCCACCGCAACAGUAUUCGCACCAGGAUCAUCUUGUUGCGCACGCCUUGUACUUCAAGAAACUUCUUGACCAGGAACAUAGACGUCAUCGCCACACGGCAAGGCUUUUUGCGCAGUGGUGCGCCGACGCCUGGAGGAAGCGAAACAAGGAUCCUGAAGACAUUCUCCGGGAACAGCAGGAUGAGGUACGAGGAAAGCGCAAGCUGUUGGCCAAGGAUCUUCAGAAAAUGUUCGAUCUCACUCGGGCAGAGGUGGACAGAAUGCGCCUGGCUCACUGGGAAGAAGAACGGAAAGCCAAGGACCAACAGGCUUUGGACCGUGCCAUCAAGCAAUCCACUAUGCUCUUUGAAAAACGACGAAUGGAAAUCCUCGGCGAAACCGGAAGUGAUGCCCCUGAUACCAGCGACGGCGAGGAAGCAGAAACAGAUGAUUCAGCCGACGAUGAAGACAACGAAAGCAAUAUGUCGUCGACGGACUCUGAAAGCGACGGGGGGAACUAUGUUGAUGAUGACGAGGGUUUAACCGCCGAAGAACUCCGGUUGAAGUAUGCCAGCCUCUCGGAGGCUAACCAAAUAUCAGACCGCGCGUCUGUGGAAUCCGAUGAAACCGAUCCGUCGGAUAGCGCCGGUGUCUCACACGUACCUGACGCAGUUGAAUCCGAAGUACUUUCGGAGGAAGUCGAUCCCAAGCCAGUCGAGCUGGAUGAAGUUGAUCCCAUGCUCAUGGACGACAGUGAUGAGGCAUCCACAGACAUGGAUGACGACAUGGGAGAGACCGAUGAGGACAGAGAUUCAGAUGAUGCCGACUCCGAUGAGGAUGACGGGCCUGGUUUAUUCGGUUUCUUCUCUGCAAAAGAUAUAGCCUUGAAUGACAACCAAUCCCGAAGCGAUUCUGACGAUGCCGACGAUAACCUGGAGAGUCUUUAUGGAGGUGACAUGAAAUUGGCCUCGGUUGAUGACGAGGACGAAGAGCCAAGUGAUCCUGAUGAAGUCUCUCUUGUUCCUAACGGACCCGCCAAUCGAGAUUCCAUCUCCCAGGAUAUGGAUAUCGCCGAGACCCCUGUUGACGACGUUCCUUCUGCCGAUGUCCCCUCCGUCGACACUGCUCCCGCCGACGACAGUCAGACCAACGAAAUUGAAAUGACUGAUAACCCACCUCGCGAGAGUAACCCCCCCGAGAGCGAAGCCGUCUUCGAAGCACCAACUGAAACCAAUACUGACUCCCAGGUGGAGAUGUAUCCGGACCAGCCUGAUGCUUACAAUAGUGGCGAACCUUCUAGUGAAGCAUCCCCAGGAACGCUCGCCACCAAACCUUCCGAGCCUGAGUCAGUCUCCUCAUAUGACGCCGCAGCCGAAAAGGGCCGCCAACCGAGUGAGUCGCCAGCUCCAGGGUUGAAGACACCGGUGCCGCAUCUACUCCGCGGGAACCUGCGAGAGUAUCAGCACUUUGGACUGGACUGGCUCGCCGGUCUCUACACAAACAAUAUCAAUGGUAUCCUCGCCGACGAGAUGGGUUUAGGGAAAACCAUACAAACGAUCGCUCUACUUGCUCACUUGGCCGUAGAGCAUGAGGUAUGGGGACCGCACCUGGUCGUUGUCCCUACCAGUGUGAUCCUGAACUGGGAAAUGGAGUUCAAAAAGUGGUGCCCGGGUUUCAAAAUCAUGACCUAUUAUGGCAACCAAGAGGAGCGCCGUCAGAAGCGCAGGGGAUGGAUGGAUGACACUAAUUGGAACGUGCUGAUUACUUCCUACCAGUUGGUUCUCCAGGAUCAACAGGUCUUGAAAAGAAGGAGCUGGCACUACAUGAUCUUGGAUGAAGCGCACAAUAUCAAGAAUUUCCGUUCCCAGAGAUGGCAAGCACUUCUCACCUUCCGCACUCGCGCACGGCUCCUCCUCACCGGUACCCCUCUCCAAAAUAACCUAACAGAACUGUGGUCUUUGUUGUUCUUCUUGAUGCCCUCGGAUGGCGGCGACGCUGGCAUCGAGGGUUUCGCUGACCUACGAAAUUUCUCUGAAUGGUUCCGGCGCCCGGUGGAGCAGAUCCUGGAGCAUGGCCGAGAAACGAUGGAUGACGAGGCCAAGCAAGUGGUUACCAAACUUCAUACUGUUCUGAGGCCUUACAUUUUACGCCGUCUGAAGGCCGACGUUGAGAAGCAAAUGCCAGGAAAAUACGAACAUGUCGUUUAUUGCAGGCUCUCGAAACGCCAACGGUACUUGUAUGACGGAUUCAUGUCUCGGGCGCAAACAAAAGAAACCCUUGCCUCGGGGAACUACCUUUCCAUCAUCAACUGCUUGAUGCAGCUUCGAAAGGUGUGCAACCACCCGGACCUUUUUGAGACCCGACCUAUCUCGACCUCGUUUGCAAUGGCACGCUCUGUAGCCACGGAGUUUGGGGUAAAAGAGCUCCUUGUUCGUCGGCGAUUGCUGUAUGAGCACCCGCUCAACAGGCUGGAUUUGGACUUCCUAAACCUGGUCCCGAUAUCAAGAGAGGACAUAUCCCGAAGACUCGCAGAUGAUAGCACGAGGCUAAUGGCUUACGGUCCAUUCAAUACACUCCGGGAACGUCAGUACCAUCGGACCAACUGGAACAUGGUCUUCGACGGAUCUACGGUGCAGUCUGCACUCCAAGCGCUAGAGAACGACUGCAGAAAAGUUCGGAUGGCUGAGCUGGAACGGUGCCUGUACUUCGAAUCGAAACGCCACGGUCGUCGCCCGGUAUACGGAACCAGUCUCCUUCAGUUCCUCACGGCGGACAGCAAACAGCGACCAACUUCGAACGGCCCGCUCCGGAAGAACUCAUUGGCAGAUUGGCUGUCUAGCCGGUCCUCUGUCCUGGCGUCCAUGAUCUUAUCGGUCGAAGAGCGUGCGCAAAAUCUGGAUGGCUAUGUGCAGAGAUAUGCUUGCAUCACUCCGGCUGCAGUUGCCUCGGGGAUUACCGAGGCAGCCUUGACCCCAAUUGAGACUCGACAUCUCACUAAGAAGGAGAGAUUACCGGCCUAUGACCCAUUCCACGAGGCCCAGAUGCGCCUUUCCAUCGCCUUCCCCGACAAGAGGUUGCUGCAGUAUGACUGUGGUAAAUUGCAGAGGCUCGAUAAGCUACUCCGAGAUCUGAAGGCUGGUGGACACCGCGCGUUGAUUUUCACCCAGAUGACUAAGAUGCUUGACAUCCUGGAGCAGUUCCUCAACAUUCACGGCCACCGAUAUCUUCGAUUGGAUGGUACCACCAAAGUCGAACAGCGCCAGAUCCUUACUGACCGGUUCAACAAUGACAACCGCAUUCUGGCCUUCAUUUUGUCUAGUCGGUCUGGUGGUCUUGGUAUUAACUUGACGGGGGCUGACACCGUGAUUUUCUACGACCUUGACUGGAAUCCGGCCAUGGACAAACAGUGCCAGGACCGUUGCCACCGUAUUGGGCAAACGCGCGACGUGCAUAUUUACCGAUUCGUCUCAGAGUACACGAUCGAAUCCAACAUUCUCCGCAAAGCGAACCAAAAGAGAAUGUUGGACGAUGUCGUCAUCCAAGAGGGUGAAUUUACCACGGACUACUUCACCAAGCUUGAUAUGCCUGACAUGAUCGGCCACGAGGAGGGCCUGGAGAGUCAGGAUGAGGCAAGCGCUGCUAUGGAUCGUGUACUCAACAAUCGGGUUUCCGGUGGCGGCGGGUCUCGCGUGGUUUUCGAACAGGCCGAAGACAAAGAGGAUAUCGACGCGGCGAAGAAUGCGCAAAAGGAACUCGAGCAUGCCGACGAUGGCGAUUUCGAGGACCGCAGUGUCUCGCAAAGCACACCUGCUCAGACCCAGGCAGGCACGCCGCUAGCAACCGGUCCUGACGACGGAACCCCGGGACCGCAAUCCUCGACCACGCCGAAUGUGCAAGGGGAGGUCGACGAAUUCGCCGACAAAGAGCCCCAGCUGGGUCAUAUUGAUGAUUAUCUACUACGAUUCAUGGAAUGGAACAUGAAGGACGAACCGCUUGUGUUGCCGGUGGACAAGAGCAAGAAGAAGUCGAAGAAGGGCAAGGAGCAUCGGCUUCACAAGAGACGUCGUUAA